AGGCGGGGAAGGCGGGGCUGCGCGUGGGUUCGGCCGGCCUCGGCUCGCGUCGGCUGCACUCGGCAGUCUGCGGUAAAUCCGGGCUUGCUGCGGCUGGCGGAGGCUGUGGCCGGGUGGUCUCUGCUGCGCGCCCUGAGCCCCGAGAACCAUGCAGAUGUCCUAUGCUAUCCGGUGCGCCUUCUACCAGCUGCUGCUGGCCGCGCUCAUGCUAGUGGCGAUGCUGCAGCUGCUCUACCUGUCGCUGCUUUCCGGACUGCAUGGGCAAGAGGAGCAAGAUCAGUAUUUUGAAUUCUUCCCCCCGUCCCCGCGAUCCGUGGACCAGGUCAAAGCGCAGCUCCGCACGGCGCUGGCCUCCGGAGGCGUCCUGGACGCCAGCGGUGAUUACCGCGUCUACAGGGGCCUACUGAAGACUACCAUGGACCCCAACGAUGUGAUCCUGGCCACGCACGCCAGCGUGGACAACCUGCUGCAUCUGUCGGGCCUGCUAGAGCGCUGGGAGGGACCUCUGUCCGUGUCGGUGUUCGCAGCCACCAAGGAGGAGGCGCAGCUGGCCACGGUGCUGGCCUACGCGCUGAGUAGUCACUGCCCCGACAUGCGCGCCAGGGUCGCCAUGCAUCUCGUUUGCCCCUCGCGUUAUGAGGCCGCCGUGCCUGAUCCCCGGGAGCCGGGGGAGUUUGCCCUGCUGCGGUCCUGCCAGGAGGUUUUUGACAAGCUAGCCAGGGUGGCCCAGCCUGGGAUCAAUUAUGCUCUGGGUACCAACGUCUCCUACCCCAAUAACUUGCUGAGGAAUUUGGCUCGUGAGGGAGCCAACUAUGCGCUGGUGAUCGACGUGGACAUGGUGCCUAGCGAGGGGCUGUGGAGAGGCCUGCGGGAAAUGCUGGAUCAGAGCAACCAGUGGGGGGGCACAGCACUGGUGGUGCCUGCCUUUGAGAUCCGACGAGCCCGCCGCAUGCCCAUGAGUAAGACGGAGCUGCUGCAGCUAUACCAGGUGGGCGAGGUGCGGCCCUUCUAUUACGGGCUAUGCACGCCCUGCCAGGCGCCCACCAACUAUUCCCGCUGGGUCAACCUGCCAGAAGAGAGCUUGCUGAGGCCUGCCUACGUCGUGCCUUGGCAAGACCCCUGGGAGCCAUUCUAUGUGGCUGGAGGCAAGGUGCCCACCUUCGACGAGCGCUUUCGGCAGUAUGGCUUCAAUCGAAUCAGCCAGGCCUGUGAGCUGCACGUGGCGGGGUUUGAUUUUGAGGUGCUGAACGAAGGUUUCCUGGUUCAUAAGGGCUUCAAAGAAGCCUUGAAAUUCCAUCCCCAAAAGGAGGCUGAAAAUCAGCACAAUAAGAUCCUUUACCGCCAGUUCAAACAAGAGUUGAAGGCCAAGUACCCCAACUCUCCCCGACGCUGCUGAGAAGUCUCCCCUUCCCCUAGUCUGAGAAGUCUCAGCCUUCUGGCUCCUCAGGCUGCUCCUCAGGCCUGAGGGGAGUAAGAAGUGCCACUCCACUUUACAGAGGUAGCUGUGGUGUUGAAACACUGGACUUGAAUAUGGGGUGCUGGGAUCGAGUCCUAGCUUUACCACUAACUAGCUGUGUGGCCUUGAGCAAAUCCCAUUACCUCUCUGAGCCUCGGUUGCUCUGUCUAUAAAAAGGGAGGUGAGAAUACCUACCUCACAGAACCGUUUGGAGGCUCAGAUGAGAUGCUGUAUGUGAAAACAUAUCUGUAAGCUUCGUACAAAUGUGAAGUAUUAUUAAUAUUAUUACAGUAUUAUUAUUGUUAUUGUUAUUAUUAACAAUCUUUUGUGGGUGGGUAGGGACAGUAAGAGAAAAAAGUAUGAAUGGGAUGGAGCUGAGACGUCUUAGUACGUAAUAAAACGGGCUAUUCGGAAAGAAAUCCGAUGAAGGCAAGAGACUUUAGCUCCUAGCUCUCGGGCAGAAGCCUAAACUGGUUCUCUCAGGCCUCCGUCCUCGGAGGCUGCGGAGGCGGGGUCUGCAGGCUCUGUGGGCCAGAGAACUGUACCUUGAAGCAAGCGGGACUUGGUAUCUGCCUACGGAUGACUAUGUGUAAAUAAACGAGUGUUCACACA